AUGGAGCCGGAGCAGAUGCUGGAGGGACAGACGCAGGUGGCAGAGAACCCUCACUCCGAGUACGGGCUCACGGAUAACGUCGAGAGGAUAGUAGAAAAUGAGAAGAUUAAUGCAGAAAAGUCAUCAAAACAGAAAGUGGAUCUACAGUCUUUGCCAACUCGUGCCUACCUGGAUCAGACAGUUGUGCCUAUCUUAUUACAGGGACUUGCUGUGCUUGCAAAGGAAAGACCACCAAACCCCAUUGAAUUUCUAGCAUCAUAUCUUUUAAAAAACAAGGCACAGUUUGAAGAUCGAAACUGA